GUGAUUCGCCAAAUGACCACAAAAGCCCUGAAGAGGGGCCUGAGAAGAAAAAGGAGAAAAAGUCUGAAGCCUUGAACAUCAGAGGUGUUCUUUUGCAUGUUAUGGGAGAUGCACUUGGAUCUGUGGUCGUGGUAGUUGCUGCUACAAUCUUCCAUGUACUUCCCCUGGGGAAUGCUCCAUGUAAUUGGCAGUGCUACAUCGAUCCAAGCCUGUCAAUAAUUAUGGUGUUCAUCAUCUUGUCUUCUGCAUUCCCGCUUAUCAAGGAGACCUCAAUUAUUUUGUUGCAGAUGGUUCCCAAAGGUGUUAAUAUGCAACUACUGACUGACAGACUAGCUCGUGUGCCAGGGGUUAGCAGCCUUCAUGAGGUGCAUGUCUGGGAGCUUGCAGGUGGGAAGAAUAUUGCUACUCUUCAUAUCAAGUGCCAAACCCCUACUGAUUACCAAGACGCUGCUUAUAAAAUACGGAAGGUUUUCCACGAAGCAGGGAUCCAUUCUGUGACCAUCCAGCCCGAGUACAUUGACCAGAAGACCUCCCAGCUGCUCUGCAGCUCACCCUGCAUCUCAAAAGCCUGUGACUCUCAGCUGUGCUGCAGUCAGCGGGAGCCUCCCCUGGCUAAAACUAAUGGCUACACCGAGAAAAACGAUAGUUGCCUUCCUGCGCUGCACAAAGACAAUGGUUCGAGUAAAAAUGAUAUUGCAAUCCCUAUUGACUACCCGCUGGCAGAGGAGAGCGUUAAAAAUGUGAAAAAUUGUGAUGUGUCUCAUGGCAAAGCCCAGUUGAGCAGCACGCGACUUUAG